AUGCAUUCAAUCAACAAUUAGAUAUCCUUGAGAAACAUCUAUUAAUGUUUACAACUUCUCAAAUUGUUUUUGAAAGUUCGAAAGGACGCGAAUGUUUUCUUUUCCAGUUUGACGUACGACAUAUUUGGUGAAAUUGUAAACCGGAAGUAAUAGUGCGAAGAAGAUCUUGGAACGGAAGUUUUGAUAACACAAGUAUCUUUGUGAGAGAAAGGCCCAAAACUUUUCGACAAAAUGGUGAAUUGUUUAGUCAUUACGGCGAUUAUAUGUGUUUUGGUCACAACUGUGGGCACUAUUGUGUCUUUUGCGACGCCUAACUGGUUAAACGUGAGAGUUCCCACGAGCGGACAAAAUCAGCGAGUGGACGUCUGUGAUUGCUCAGCUACAGACUGUGAUUGUGGGUUAUGGCUGAACUGUAGAGGGGGGCCAUCUUCUUCAGGCUCCCUUAACAACUGUCAAUGGUUUUUCGCUAAUGAAUUUGCCAUUGAAAAGAAUUUACCAGACUGGUUCAAGGCCGUCCAGGGAUUGAUGUCAUGUGCCGUAGCCAGUUCCAUGCUCUCUCUUCUGAUUGGUCUGUUCUCCCUCUGUUGGGCCUGCAAGGGAUGUAACCCAUACCAAGCAACCGGAGCCUUUGCCAAUCUUACAUUUCUCCUACUAGCAGUGGCUAUUUCACUAUUUGGAGCAGAGGCUUACCUUAGGAACAAGGCUGAGGUGUUUACAACAAAGAAUCGUGAGAAUGAGACCAUCCUCCUGUUUGGUUGGAGCUUUUGGGUCGCUGUGGGGUCCACUGCACUGUCACUUAUUGCCAGUAUACUCUACUUCUGUGUGGGCAGAAAUGAGGAGGAAUAUAAUUAAUUAGGUCAAAAUGAUUUGGGAUUUGACUUAUAUUUUACUUACUUAAAUUGCCUAUGAACACGCAUUUAAUAAAUUAAAGAAUUUUUUCAGAAUUAGGAACAUGUCAUACUUUCUAAAAAAAAUUUAUGGUUAACAAGGAAAGAAAAAUUUUAUGUUUAUCAGUUGUAUCAGAUUUUUGGUCAAAAUGUUAUACAUGUAUUAGGGGUUUUUUUUGGAUAGCACAAUAGGGUUCUUAAAGAAGUCUAAACUGCAUGUGCUUACUAUGUAAUGGUUAUGGAAUGACAUUGAAAAGUUAGAACAUUUAAGUUUUUCUUUUUGUUUUGUACAAUGUUAUGAGAAAUACUAGCAGCAAUACACACAUGUGUAUAUAUAUUGCAAAAACCAAUACAAUGAACUUACAUUUAUAACAAACUUGCAAUGGUAUGUGUACAGUGUAUUUUUAAUACUGUGAGCAUAAGUGACAAAAUCAUCAUUUUGUUUAAUUUUUUCUGUGCAAUGUAGCUAAGCAAAGAUAUAUUGGUGCAGAUGUACAGCCAGGUGAUUCAUAUGCCUUGUAUCAUUGUAAGAAUCGAAAAUCAUAUCAAACACUAUGCAUUUAAAAUAAAAGCAGCAUUUUUUAGAAUCUUUUGUUUCAUCUUCCGGCUAUUUAUAUUGUAAUUUUCAACUAACUAACUCAUUUAUUUUUUUUUCUUUACUGCAUGAAAUCAGAUCUUUUUUUGAGAACAUAUCAAACUGUUGUAAAAGUAAGUGCCUUGCUGUUGUGAAAACUAAUAUGUUGUAAAAAUUUGCAAGAUAUAUGACUCGUUGGCAGGUUGUUAAUGUAUAAUUUGAGAUUUUCAUGAAUUGUAUUUAUUGUACAUACAUGUCAUCAUCCCAUAUGUGGUUGUGACUCAGACAUUUUUUUUACUAAUAUUAUAAAUUUGACUUGAAACAUUUGUUUUUUACAUAACAUGUAAAUUAAUUUGAAUUUAUACUCAGAUUCUCUUUAAAAUGUGCAACUUUCAGUCAUGCUUUAUAUGUAAGAUCACUCCUAAGGGAAGGGUAAUUUUAGAAAGCUAGUUGUUAACAUUAUGAAUGUGCCAAAACUUUGUACAGAAAACUUACAGAUUUCAGUGAACAAACUUCAAGGCAGAUAACUCUAACAAUAUUUUCUUCUUAAAAAAAGUUAUUGAUACUCAUAGAUUUUUUUUAUCAGAAAUAUCACACUAACUUUUAAAUAUUUAUAUAGUUGUUAUUUUAUAUUCAACAUUUAUUGACAUUUAACAUAGCUAUAUCUAUAUAACUAAAAAUCAUCUAGUCACAAAAUUCAUCUUGAUAGCUUUAUAAAUUGAUAUCGUUGAAGUGUAUACUUAAGAACAAUUAAGGUACCGGUUGAACUGACACAACUGUAACUUUUUCCCUUUUAAUUUAAGUGCCUUAAAGUGUUUAAAGUGAAAAACUUCAUAUUUUUUCGAUAGCACUUUUGCAAUUGUUUAUUACAUAAAGAAAUUACUUGUUAUGCAUGUAGGAGCUUUACAAAAGAAAAUUGUCAUUAAUAGUAAUAACUUGCACUUGUACAAAUAAAAAAAAAUAAUCUUAAAAUAAUUUGUGCAAUUACCUGUUACUUGUAGCAUGUGUCUUUUGUUAACUCUAAUAGUAGACUAAAUAAUCACAUCUCUCAAUUUACUAUUGACAAGAUACAUAUUUUAGUUGAUAUCUCAAAUAAAAUGAUUAUGUUGAAGCAAGUUGAAAUCUUCGUGUAUUAUAAUCUCAAUAUUGAUUUAAGAUUUGAGUUUUGGACACCACAAACAAUUUUUUUCUUAGACCAUCAAGUUCUAGAGAAAGGGGUUUGACUGUAUUAUUCUGAAGAAAAAGACAGUGUUAAAUUGGGUUCUGUUUCAAUUCCCUGUCAAAGGGAAGAUUAGAUCUUGAUAUAAACAUGUCAUAUGAAUAAUACGCAAGAGUUUGUGGAUUUCAUUUUGUGUGUUGUCAUUGGUUCAUGAAACGUAAAUGUUUUAUUGGUGCUGCUCACUUCGAUGUCUAUGUAAUGUUGUUUUUAGAAGUGAAAGUGUUUGAGUGGAAAUUCUCGUAUAUCUGUGAAUAAUCUCACUUUGAUAUUUUUUAUUUAUUUGUGUACUUUUUGAACAUUUUGGGAAAGAUCAAUUUUCAGUUUUGUAUUUAUUCAGUUUUCCCAUGAUUACCAGGUAAUUCCUGGAUGAUGGAACAUAUUUUUAUAUGUACAUGUAAUUUUUGAAAAGCUGAAUUUAUGUAUUACUGAGACAUAUCAUGCAGUUUCGAAACAAAUGUCUUCCAGAUUAAUGUGUAUUAAUUUAUCUUUUAUACACAUCUUUUUGUCAAUUAAGCUUUGUAAUUCAUGUUAAACUUCUUAGCAAUUUUUUUUAAUUUUCAAGCUUCUUUAAAAAAAAUUUUAGCAUAAAAUAAGAUAAAUAUUUCUCAUUUUUCAAAUUUUUACAUUUUCGAAUGUCCAUCUUUUAUUAUGACAUUCGUCAGUUUAUUGCUGUCUUUAAUUUUGGGCAUCCUGUUUUUAUCUAAGCAUUUAAAUGAAGGAAAAAAAACUGUCAUUUUUACCAACAUUUAAUCAUGGGAAGAAUGGAAUCAUAACAAUUUUAUUUUCUUAAAACAAACUGCUGAUCUUAAAGGGGUCACAGUCCAUUGCUCAGGACAUGUGUGAAUGUCUGUUUGCCUGAAUUUAUUUUGUCUGUACUUUAUGUUUACAUAAUAUUAACAAAGGCAUACAAGCUCACAAGCACCCAAACUACAUGUACAUGUAUGUAUUAAACAUAAAAGAAUUUUGUAUUUAUUUUCUACACCCCAUUUUAGCCUGUGUCACUGAUUUUAUGUUAUUUGUUAACAUGUAACUUAUGUUUUAGAUAACACAUACGUCUUAAUACUAUACAAAUUCAUUAUUGUAUCUGAUCAUUUAUUUACAUUAUAAUGGUUAUGGUAGUUUUGUAGUAUAGAAUAAAAGUGUCCAUCAUUUUG